GGGUGGGGAGAGGGCGGCCAGUUGGCCAGGUGCUGCCGCCGCGUCGAGUUCGGAGCUAUAGCUAACUAAAUACGCAGUGUUGUACAUUUAGAAUGUUCACAAUGGCUACCGCGAAAGACACGUCUACUUUCUUUCUGGAGGCAGAUGCAAAACAAUUUGACAGUGUAUUGACGUUAUACCCACAAGCGAUUAAACUAAAAGCUGAGCAGAAAACAAAGAAACCAGAGGAGCUCAUAAAAUUGGACAAUUGGUACCAGAAUGAACUACCAAAGAAGAUUAAGUCCAGGGGCAAGGAAGCGCACAUGGUCCACGAAGAAUUGGUGCAACUCAUGAAAUGGAAACAAGCUAGAGGGAAGUUUUAUCCACAGUUAUCAUAUCUCAUAAAAGUGAACACACCAAGAGCAGUCAUGGCAGAGACGAAGAAGGCGUUCAGGAAACUUCCAAACAUCGAGUCUGCGAUGACCGCACUUAGCAACUUAAAGGGUGUGGGCACAGCAACGGCAUCCGCCCUCCUCGCCGCCGCCAGCCCCGAAAUCGCGCCGUUCAUGGCUGACGAAUGCGUCCAAGCUAUCCCAGAAAUGGAAGGCAGCGACUAUACAGCCAAGGAAUACCUCAAUUUUGUAAACCAUAUACAGGGCGUCUGUGAUAGGUUAAAUAAGGAACAAAACGGGUGCGGCAAGAAAUGGUCGGCACACAUGGUCGAGCUGGCGGUGUGGACACACCACAUCGUGUCGGAGCUCGCACCGGAGCUGCUGGGCAAGCCUCCGAAUACCACAGCUCCAGCGCCCACCAACGGUGGCUCGCCACUACCCAGCGACGAAAGCAACUUGGAACCCCCUACAAAUGGCAAUGGAAAACUAACAGUAGACUCAGUGAUCGAGGACACGACGACGUCCUGCACAGAAGACUCGCUGGACGCGAAGGCCGUGUCUCCACCGACCCCCGCGUCACCCUCCGACAACUCCGACUCCGCCCUCAGUACGCCACGUGCGAAACGGCAAAUAGAGGAGGCGAGUUCAGCAGAAGAGAACUCCCUGGGCGACUCGUGCGACGCGGCGGACGCGGCGGCCGCGGCGCCGCCCGUCAAGAAGCUGCGGGAAGCCACGCACUGACACGCGCACCACCCACCACAUUCCCUCGUGCGCCUAUAAAUAGCUUUCUAGACUAAAAUAUUGUACCUAGGUAAUUUAUUUUUCAAUUCCGAUUAAUUUUAACUUAGCCUUAAGUUUAAGAGUACCGGUCGAUUUUGUAAGUUUUAUAGGGUAUUAAAUAUUUUGGAUGCGUUUCUAUGGACUAUGUCGGGCGCACUCGAGUUUGAGAUUGUACAAUACAUUAUUUCGAUGUGAGUGUAUUUUGGGAGUGGCUCGCGAUAGGGCCUAGUGUUAGGUUUUGUUUGUAAUAAUUUUAAUGUUUGAACGUUCGCAUCCCGCGUGACAUUCCAAUAAUUGUAAAGUUUGUCGGCGGCGAGGGAGGCGGGGCGCCGCAGAGAUCCGGACCAGAUGCCUUGACGAGCGGUGCAAGCUGCCGUCACACUCACACCAUUGCCUUAUGAGACAGUCUGCCCGCAGAGUUUAUAUGCAACAAGAUAAUACAAAGGUCGUGUUACCCGGGCGCCGGGCACACGGGCCCACAAUGUAGUUUUUAUUGAACAAAUAUAAGAUAUUAAUUUUAUAA